CUCCUGGAAGGGCCGAUGGACGGGGUGCCCUGGGCAUCGGCGCGGGCUCCGGUCUACAAGACGCUCAGGCUCCCCAGUGGCAAGAGGGUCGACGUCACCAAGAGGAAUGUCUUCAUCAGGAAAUGGCGGGAAAAGCGCAUCAAGGACGAUCCCUGCCUCUACAUCACCCUCUUCGCGCUCAUGGUCGUCGUCACUAUCAUUUUUAUUUCCUACCACAGCAACCAUGUGCAUAGAGAACGGACCAAUGAACAAAAAACUCGGACUGAGUUUGAAUUCACCUCAAGUGGUCCGGAGGACACCGAUGACGACGGCAACACCACCUUGACGAGUUUCUUGGAAAGCAAUGCGCACGGGGGCGACAAGGUCUCACAAUGGCUGCCAACACCAGCGCCCUCCGUACUGCUUCGUCGAGGAGUUAGAACGACAAAAAAUAUUGUUGUCACUACUCUUACAGACUCGCGACUUUACAUUGCCCCAAUAGUAAAACCAUGACGUAUAAUAUUUAUUUAUUGACAUAGCGUAAUCUAUGAAUAAAGUAAUUCCUGUACAAGUUAACGUAUACAAAAAAAAAA